GACCAAUCGUUCCUAUGAAGAUCACCGUGCAGUCGUCGAAGCUGGUCACGGGCAGCUCCAGCGGCGGUCGUCCUUCUUCCGCCGAUGCCGCCGAGGCGGUCCCGCUCACGGUGUUCGACAAGCUCCACUACGAUCUGUACGUGCAUGCCUUAUACUUCUUCCACCCGCCAGCGCCGCCCAGCUCCGUCCUCGAGGCCGGGCUCGCCGCCGCGCUGGCCGAGUACCCGGAGUGGGCCGGGCGGCUCGGCGUGGACGCGCGCGGCAACCGCGCCAUCCUGCUCAACGGCGCGGGCGCGCGGCUCGUCGAAGCCACGGCCGCCGCCGCCGACGUCUGCUCGCUCGACAGCGUCGUGCCGCCGGAGCCAGCGACUCCCGCGACCAUGAGCCUGCACCCCAGCGCCGAGGACGCCGUCGACGGCGAGGUCCUGCUGCUCCAGGUCACGCGGUUCGCCUGCGGCUCCUUCGUCGUGGGCACGGCGGUGCAGCAUGUCGUCGGCGACGGCGCCGCCUUCCACUGCUUCGUGAGCGCCUGGGGCCAGGCCUCGCGCGGCGCCGCCGUGGACCCCGCGCCCGUGCACGACCGCGUGUCCUUCUUCGUGCCCCGGCACCCGCCCUUGGUCGAGUUCGAGCACCGCGGCGCGGAGUACAAGCGGCCGCCUCGCCCUCGCGAGGGCGAGGAGAAGGCCGGGGGCAGCGAGUCAGGGGCCAAGGCCAAGGCCAACGCCGACGUCGGCGAAAAGCAGCUGGUGACGCGUAGGGUGAACUUUAGCCGAGAGUUCGUCGCCGAGCUCAAGACGAGGGCGUCAGCGGGGGCGCCCUUGCCGCGGCGGUACAGCACGCUGCAGUGCGUGGCGGCGCACCUGUGGCGGUGCGUGACGAGGGCGCGGAGGCUCGACGCGCGCGCCCGCACCACCCUCCGCAUCGCCGUGAACGGGCGGUCGCGGAUGAGGAACCCGCGGGUGCCCGAGGCGUACGCCGGCAACGUCGUGCUCUGGGCGCGGGCGACCGCGGCCGCAGGCGGCCUGGUACGGAGCCCGCUCCCGGAGGCCGUGCGGCUCGUGUCCGAGGCGGUGGCGGCCGUGGACGACGCCUACUUCAGGUCCGUCAUCGACUUCGCCAGCUCCGGGGCCCUGGAGGAGGAAGGCCUGGUGCCGGCGGCCGACCCGUUGGAGACGGUGUUCAGCCCGGACGUCGAGGUGUACAGCCUGCUGGGGGCCUCGUUCCAGGACUUCGACUUCGGCGGUGGCCCGCCCUUCUUCUUCAUGCCGAGCUACUCGCCCGUGGAGGGCGCCGUAUUCGUCGUGUCGUCUUUCUCCGGCGACGGCAGUAUCGACGCCUACGUCCCUCUCUUCAGCCACGCGAUGGACAUCUUCGACAAAUGCUGCCACUCCCUGCCUGCUGCGGACGCACGACUUUAGGCGCGUUGACUUUGCUUCGUCCGAGAUGAUACAUUUCGUGAAAUAAUCAUUUGCAAAAAAAAGAAGUAAGAUGGAUUCGGUUAUCAUGUCAGGAGAUGAAUAUUAAGGUAGAUAAUUAAGAUAUUUCC